AUGCGAUCAGCUGUUGGGGUUGCUCCGUCAUAUGUUUUCGGCCAACGAAGAGGCAACAGCUGUCCGCCGCCCGGCGAAAGUAGCGGCGGCGGCGGCGGCGGCGCGGCGUCCCGGCAGGUCGUUGUUGUCAGGCCACCGCCGCCGGCGAUCAGCAGUGUUUUGCCGACAACGUUCCAGCACGGUCUUCCGUCAUGUCCAGCAGCAGUCGCCGUCGCGAAGUCGUACGGUUAUCGGACGUUUUUCAGAAAAAUUUGCCGGCAUGUGGCACAGUCAAGACGCCUGGUGGCCCCUGCCGACAAGGCACGGGUCGCUGAUCACUGCUGCAGGUCAGUUUUCGCCAAAACAUUCGGUUCGUGUUCGAAUAACAAACAACAAAAAAAAAAAAAAAGCGCUGCAGGAUAA